CAUGGGCAUGCUCGUUUGACGCUCAAUUCUCCCUCCAAAAUAAAAAUGUCGCAUGUUUCUUUCUGUUUCACUUCAAAUCUCGGGAUUUAGAUCAUUAGAUAUUUUCAGAACGAGUUCUUGAUUGACAAUUCUGUCACUGUGAAGUUUGUAGUCUUCUGACUUUCCAUUAGACUUCUCCGUGGUUUGUGAUCAGUGCCGAGUUUAUCUUAGUUAUACCGUAUGCCUGCUCAUGCCUGAUAACAUUUGCUUUUCUACCUACCUACAUGUUCAGUAUCAGAAUCAAUUCCUCCUCUUAGUUUUGUGAAGUGUCCAGUUUUGUGAGAAACCAUGGUGAGCUUACGAGCCAAGCGUGAAUCAAACCCUAGCUCUCCAGCUAAAGGUAAGGAAUCUCCCACAAAAUCCACUGCGAGGCAAGCAUCUACCAAACCGACAAGGCCUUCUUGCUCUUCCAAGGAGAAAACUGAUUUUGAUGCGAAAGUGAAGAAAGACCAAAGCAAACGUUUUGAAUAUUUGUUAAAGCAGACUGAGAUUUUCUCUCACUUUAUGACGAAGGAGGCCAAAGAUGAAACGAUCGGCAAAUUAGGAAGAAAAUCUGAGAACAGAGAGUCGUCGGCCCCAAGCUCACCCUCCAAAAGCAUCGGUGACACUCGACAUCGUAAAACAGAGCAGGAAGAAGAUGAAGAACUUCUUGCUCAGAGCAAUUCGGAAGUGAAGGUAAUUACAACUUUUGAUAAAUCACCAUCGUACAUCAAAAAUGGAGAGAUGAGGGAUUAUCAAGUCAGAGGACUUAAUUGGAUGAUCUCUCUUUUUGAGAACGGGAUAAAUGGCAUCUUGGCUGAUGAGAUGGGCCUAGGCAAAACCCUUCAAACAAUAUCAUUAUUGGGUUACAUGAAGCAUUAUCGGAACAUUAAUGGUCCGCAUCUAGUAAUCGUUCCCAAGUCCACAUUAUCUAACUGGAUGAAUGAAUUUAAAAAGUGGUGUCCCUCUCUUAAAGCGAUUUGUUUAAUAGGAGAUCAAGAAACCAGGAGAGUUUUUAUCAAAGAUGUGUUGAUGCCUGGUAAGUGGAAUGCAUGUAUCACUUCUUAUGAAAUGGUACUCAGAGAGAAAUGUGCUUUGAAAAAGUUUAAUUGGCGAUACGUGGUCAUUGAUGAAGCCCAUCGAAUUAAAAAUGAAAAUUCUAAGCUUUCUGAGUUUGUGAGAGAAUUUGAGUCUGCUAAUCGACUUCUCUUGACCGGCACCCCCUUACAAAACAAUCUUCAUGAACUGUGGUCCUUGUUAAAUUUUUUACUUCCGGACGUAUUUGGGUCUGCAGAAGAUUUUGACGCAUGGUUUAACCUCAACAGAUGUUUUGGAGAUGAUGCAUUAGUUGAAAGACUCCAUGCCAUUCUUCGUCCUUUUUUGAUGCGUCGUAUCAAGUCGGAAGUGGAGAAAAGUUUGCUCCCCAAGCUAGAAACCAAAGUGUACAUCGGAUUAAGUAAAAUGCAAAGAGAGUGGUACACCAAAAUUUUAUUGAAAGACAUCGAUAUAAUAAAUGGUGCUGGUACCAUGGAAAAAAUGAGACUUUUGAACAUAUUGAUGCAUUUGCGUAAAUGUUGCAACCAUCCAUACCUAUUUGAUGGAGCCGAAGACGGUCCUCCGUUCACCACUGAUGAACACCUAAUAACAAAUUGUGGAAAAAUGGUCAUUCUUGACAAACUACUCUACAAACUUAAAGAACAAGACUCUAGAGUUUUGAUCUUUUGUCAGAUGACCCGUAUGAUGGAUAUCCUAGAAGAUUAUUUCUUUUUGCGAGGAUACAAAUAUUGCAGGUUGGAUGGCAGUACACCUCAUGAAGAUAGGCAGCAAGACAUAGAUGCCUUUAACGCACCUGGAAGUGACAAGUUUGUCUACAUACUGUCAACUCGAGCUGGUGGUCUUGGUAUCAACUUAGCCUCUGCAGAUGUUGUCAUCAUGUAUGACUCUGACUGGAACCCUCAGGUAGAUUUACAAGCCAUAGAUAGAGUUCAUCGUAUUGGUCAAAAGAAACAAGUGAGAGUUUUCCGAUUGAUUACUGAAAACACUGUUGAAGAAAAAAUAAUUGAAAGGGCAGAGGUCAAGCUACGGCUUGAUAAGCUCGUUAUUCAGCAAGGUCGUUUAGCUGGUCAAAAAAAGACAUUGAAAAAAGGCGAAAUGUUGAACAUGAUCCAGUUUGGAGCUAAGCAUGUCAUAUCUUCCAAAGAUUCAGAAAUAACUGAUGAAGAUAUCGACACAAUUUUACAGAAAGGAGCCGCUAAAACAGAAAAAAUCAAAGAACAAAUGGAAGCUCUUGGAGAAUCGAACCUAAAAAACUUCACACUUGAUGCUCCCACAGAAUCAUUCUAUAUGUUUGAAGGCCAGGACUACAGAACCAAGCAAAAAUUGGUCAGUAUUGAAAACUGGAUUGAGCCACCUAGACGAGAAAGAAAAUCCAAUUAUUCUGAGCGAGAGCUAAUGCAUCAAGCGUAUUACGGAUCCAAAACACCUAAUGAACCUAAAGAACCCAAACAGCCUAAAUUUCCAAAGCCUGAAAAGAUUUUUGACUUUCAAUUUUUGCCAAAGCGUCUGUAUGAGCUUCAAGGAAAAGCAUUCCGAUGGUGGCAAAAAAGCCAUGAGCUACAAGCUCCUUUAGACGCAAGAUUAGGCGACAAAGCAGCCAAAGCCCAGUAUGAAGAACAGUUAAAAAUUGAUGAAGCCCAACCACUUACGGAGGAUGAAAUCGAGGAAAAAGAAGAGCUUUCAACUCAAGGAUUCAUGAACUGGAGCUUAAAGGAUUUCCGUCAGUUUGUUAAAGCAAAUGAAGUUUAUGGAAGAGAUAAUCUUGAUAAAAUUUGUAAGGCAGUUGAAGACAAAACACCAGACGAAGUCCUGAAAUAUUGCUCAGUGUUUUGGGACCGAUUUCAAGAGCUACGCAAUUGUAAUCGUAUUCAGUCACAAAUUGAGCUUGGUGAGGCAUCAAUUGAGCGAUUGAAAGCAAUCAAGAGAACUCUAGAUAACAAGAUGAAGUCGUAUCAAGAUCCAUUCACAGAGCUGCAAAUCGUGUAUGGUAAGAAAAAGCCAAAAUCGAUACCCACCAGAGCCAUGGGUUUUACUGAAGAAGACGAUCGAUUUUUGAUUAGCACAUUGCAUAUGCUUCUCAACUCCGAAUUUUAUUCUGAUGUUUGGGAACAAUUAAAGGAGGCCACUGAAUCAGCACCCGGUUUCCAGCAUAGCCGCAUCUUCAAGAAAAGUUCACCUUCUGAUUUGAAGAAACGCUGUAAGCACUUGAUUACGAUGAUAAACAAAGAAUUGCAACCACCUAUUAAUGACAUAGAAAAGGCCAAGAAAUACCAAGAAAGGAUGGAGAUAAAAGAAAAAAGAGACAGGGAAAGGAAAGAAGAAAAAGAAAAAAGAGACAAGGAAAGGAAAGAAGAAAAAGAAAAAAGAGACAAGGAAAGAAAGGAAGCAAAAGAAAAGAAGGAAAAGGAAAGGAAAGAAGAGAAAGAACGGAAGCUGAAGGAAAAAGAAGAGGAGAAAGAAAGGAGGAAGAGUCAACAGGCAGGAAAAAAAGGAGCUGACAAUACAAGUAAUGCAAAGAGUUCUAAUUUGAAAAAGAGAAAGAGUGAAACAUUGUCUUCUGCCAAUUCAGAACCCUCUCCACCUAAAAAGAAGAAAAUUGAAAGAAAAAAUGGAAUUGAAACAGUUUCUUCUAAAUCCUCCACAGUUGAAGUAAAGUCCAACGAUGAAACUUUAAAUAAUCCUGAUGACACUAUGAAAGCCAGUAUAAUGAAAAUACAGAAACAGAAGAGAAACCAAAGUAAUUUGUCAGGAAAAAAUUCAAGUCAAACAUCACCUUCAAAAAAAAAUCAGAAUAUUAACGAGGUAAUAGAUCUCACUGAAUUAUCAGUUGAAAAAAACAAUACUCAAGCAAAAAAUUCAAUCACUACCACAAUCGAUAACUCAAAGCUAAGUCCGAUGAAAAAUAGUAGAAGUCAAAGGGUUCGCAAAAUUGGAGCCACUGCGACCGAAUCAGAACGAGGAUCACCAAGCAGAAAGAGUACUCAAAAAGAAGAAAAAAUCAAGCUGCUCAAGGAUACCCCUGAGCCCACUAUUUCUUCAAAAAAGAACUUGAAACGAAAUAAUAUUGAUGCCCCUGACUCAUUAAAACCUAAGAAGAAAAAAUUAGAGAAAGAAAAUGAAGUUAUUCCCUCAACUGAGGAUACCUCAAGUUUUCCAGUGCAGAGGAAGAAGAGUUUGGUUGAAGCUGAAAUUGAUGCAUCAUUGAAUAAUUCCAAGCCAUCAACCGCCAAGACGAAGAAAAAUCCAAAAUAGGUGACAUUAUUUUCCUUUUCUGUUAGCACUAAAGUGAUAUGAGCCUUUUUGUCCUCUACCCGUGAUGUUAUAGGAAAUAGUUAAAUUUAAGUUCAUCGUUAAUGUUACUUUGUAUCUGAAAUUAUCCACUCCUGGUGAAAUUCAGAUUCCCAAGCUUUUUUAAAAGCUAUUUUCUGUCAAUUGUAAGUACAAAUUCCCCGAAUUUCAUCAGGUAUGUAUGCUUAUUUUAAUUCUCUUUUGGACCGAGUUUAUCAGAAAGGAACCAACUCACAGAGAGCGAAAGUUAGUCAAAAAUGUUUUUUUAGUUCCACUAGCUGUAUAUUUUCUCCCGCUAAAAACUGAAAGUCGAAAAACAGAAAUAGUGUGUGAAAAAAGGAGUUAAACUUUAUUUUCUACAUUGAGCCAUAUGCAGGAAUAAAACUUUAAACCUCUUUUUCUCAGUUUCAACUUAUUGUGGGUUGGCUCCUUUCUGAUGAACUCUAUCCAAUUGGUCCUAUUUUUCUCCAGAAUUGUCUGAAGAAUAUCAAUUUGAUUAACUAAAAAUAAACUAUUAUUUUUAAAGUUUUUUGUUAAUUUAUGAAUUAGUACGACCAAUGCUUUGUAAAGAAAGGCUAUCUACAGUCAACACAUCGAUGGUGUUACUUCAAAAACGUGAAUCUUGUUUGCAGUAAGUAUUCUGUAUUUAAAAAUCUUGGUUCUUGGAUUUUAUUUAAUUGAAAGAAAAUGAACCGACACUUUUGCUCGUAACUCUUACAGAAUACUCACCCCAUAAAAAACCAAAAUCAGGUAAGUUUUCAAGAAAUGAUGUUGAUUAUUUUUCCAUCAAAAAAUAAAUCGUGACGGGAAGUCUGUAGAACUGCAAACGGAGAUUUGCGUUUUUGUAGUUCCACUGAUGAUACGCUUUGGUAAUAGUAUUUUAUCUUAUGUAUCAACUUCUCCACAAUGAGCCUUUCAUUGUCUAGCCUUGUCCUAUUAUUCUAGGUACCUGUUUAAUAUUUAUUCACUAUUGCUUCAAUAUUAUUAAGUAAGUAUUUUAAAUUAUUGCGUUUUGAGUCCAACUCAAUUCUUAAUUAAUUGUGGAGGUAAUUAUUUUUGAGAGCAUUUCAACAGCAAACCUAUCUCUGUUUUACAUUUGUACUUUACUUUGUAUUUUAAUUACUCCAGCCGGCUCUCUCCUCCUUUUUUCUUUGUUUCUGUGAUUUUUGUCAUUUUUCCUGUGUCAUUUCACAUGUUUUGUAUGUUUAAAUUGUUUAUAGUUUCUCUAUUUUAAGUUAAUAAUUUUACUUUUUUUUUUUGAAUGAUUUUAGGUGGUGCACUGUAGAUGUGGCAACCUAGAGCCUCUGAUGCAUGAGACUUGUACCCCGUUUAUUCAAGGCUUAAGUAUUACCGAGUAUCGUCGAAACUGACGAUGAGACAACGACUUUUUGUGAGAAAAAUUGAUUUUCAGCUCAGUACAAUACAUUAAGGUUUGAGUCUCAAGCCUCAAGAGUUCAGCUAUCCAACUGCCACAUCUUGGGUUCCACCUUCUUCUUUAAAAUGUUUUUGGAUUUCAUUUGUGAGCACCUAAAAAUUGAUUUCUCUGCUAUUUUACACAUUUGUAGAGCUUUUCCAAUAUUUAGUGAUAUUUCUCUAAUAUUCACUUCAACCAUGUGAUUUCACUCAUUGUUAGUAGCAUGAAGUGAGAGUAGCAUUUUUUGACAAUCUCUCCAUCCCUAUUUUUUACCUCUAAAAAGUUGUGAAUAACAGUGUACAAACGAAUUAAAAAGAGUAAUAUCAGUCUUUUAAAUUAAGAGGAUUGAUCUAAAAUAAUCAUUAAAUUGUCAAAAAGCAGACUUAAAGCAAUCAGGAAAGAUGCCUGCCACCAUCAGUCACUGCUUUCUCUGACACUGAUGCAUAUUAAAGUGAUCGCUUCGAAAACAGUUUCAAGCAUACAAUUUUAAAGGAAAGUUUUUUAAAAAUUGCUGCAAACACAACAAAAGUGGUUUCCUCUAAAAUAACCGCCCAAAAAUUUCUAACCUUUUAAUUCCAGUCACUUCCUCAUUUACGUGCCCCUCAUAGAGAAAAAAAAUAGGAGGUAUUUGCAUUUUGGGCAUUUUGGAAUUUUUUUAAUGACGUAGGUCGGUACGGCGACUUACAUCAUCGAUUUUCUCGGAAAUGGUGUAAUUGAUGGAAAAAAGUCACUCUAUGUAAAGUGUUUGAGAUUAUAUCAGGAGUUGAUUUAAGCAAAAAAAUUGGACGUCAUGGUUCGUGUUUCAUACUUCAAAUUCCGGAUUUUGCUGACCAAGUUGUACCGACCUACGUCACAAGGUACACAAUCCUCAAGACGCGAACACCUCCUUUUUUUUCUCUAUGCCUGCUUCCUGAAAAAUGCUACUACUUCUGCCAGGUCCAGAUGGUCUCCAAAGUGAACUACCUCAAAAUGUAGUAUAUCGGUAUAAAAAUUGUUCCAUCUGUUACUGACAUUUGCAAUGGUUGACAUAUUGAGUAAUUAAGCAGAUUGGUAGAUAGUAUUUCUGUCUUGUCCAAAAACCAGAAUCAUGGCAAAAUUCAGGAGGACCAACAUUUUAUCCUAGCAAAUUGCAGCAUACUGUGGUUCGUUCCUAAUGCAGGAGCACUUAUCCAACCUCUCAUGUCUCACCUCGCUUUUCUUGAUAAGGAUUUGUUCUUUUUAACCUUCUACAGUUUGUCUAACAGCUACACGGUAACUGUUGUCAGCUAAACAUCUUGAAAGUAAAUGCCAAAGGUAUAGCUGAACCUAGAACUCCAUUUCUUACCACAUAUGCUUAUCUGCUGGACCACUCUUUGGUUGCAGGUUGCUAAAUCAUUGUUAAUUCAUUUCUUAUUAACUUAUAUCAUCAAUUAAUAUUUUUUAGUGAUAUCUCUGUAAAUAAUAAUGAAAGAUAAUCCCUCCAAAAUUGCACAACUUCCAUUUUCUUUCAAGUUUUAAAUCUCGAGCUGUUGUUAAGUGAUAUUCCUUUGAAGUUGAUAGGUGCAAAUAACACUAGAUCUGAGAAAAAGCCAGUUUUAAUAAUUGUAAGUAGGGAUGCAGAAUUUUUCAGACUUCCCUGUUCUCAAAAAUCCUGCCUGCCUGCUUCCCACAAAAUCUCCCUCCCAUUUCAAAUGUGAGGACCUUUUCUUUCUUGUUUCCUUUGAUUUUUGACUUAUGACCCUUCAUUUGUUCCAUAUUUUUAAGAGCCUAUCCAUUUUUUCACCCGUCUGAACAUGAUGGUUUUGGAGGAACUUCUUACUGGUAAAAUUUAUCGGAACUACUCAAAUUCCGAGAAUUCUACCCCUCACUGCAUUCUUUUUGCUAAUCUUGUUAAAUGUGAUAGUUUCGCAUUAUUUUAUGUAUUUUAUUCUUUUCAGUCUCUGUCAGUUUUCACAUUUUUUAUUUGUAAUUAGUCUGGGCUCAAGAACAAUUUUUGUGUAUACUGUUUCUCUUUCAGCUGUAUCAAAACCAUAUUCUGUGAUUGUCCUAGCUGCAGUUAGAAGCUUCAACAAUAUGUUCAAAAAUUAAAAGAAUGAUUUAAGUACACACACAUUUAAUUUUUUUUUUAUUCUCACAAACCCUGUAAAAAGUUUAUGUAUUUUGGUCAUUCCUUGAUACUCCCUCUCGCCUCCUCGAAGUCCACCAUCUAAUACAUCGGAAAAUUCUUUAAUUCUCUUGAAUCUCACACUCAACUGUAUUCUUUUUGCCAAUAUUGUUAAAUAUAAUAGUCAUACUUA